CUGUACUUGAAUUUAGGAGUAAAUUAUAAAACGAUGGCACUCUUCGCCGAUUUAGUCCGAUAUAUUGCAAGUUAUCUGGGGUUGUUAACCCCAAGUUACGAUGAGGCGGUAGCUCGGGAGGGGCUUCGGGAAUGCCAAAAGGGUAUUAAGAGGAUUAGGUGGGCAUUGAAGAAUUCUAAGAUGAUAGGCGAGAAACAGCAUUUGGAAGCAUCCUUAAGAAAUAUUAUAACCUAUCGAAACCAGAUAAAAGCAGCACAAAAGAAGGGAGCAGGGCUUGAUCGAAAUCGGAAUACUGCUUGCAACAGAGUACACUGGGAUGACUCCGAUACGGCGUUCAAAAGUCGUAUCCGCACCGGGAUCAUAUCCAAUUUGAAACACAAAGACCCCAAGGCUUUUCUAGUUGACUGCAAGGCCUUGUUUAAGAGAAGAAUCCAGAACGCGCUAAGGAAGGAUGAAUCUGUCAAGGUUAACACAACCUUCACAGGAGAGUUUGAGAUGGUCAAGGGGGAUAGUGUGCAGACUGAGCACAAGUACUUUACCACAUCAAAUUCUGCUGUAUAUCGGGAUACCAAUCUUGAUGUAUGGUUCGAUGAAAAAGUUAUUUGCCCUAUCAUGACCGAACUUGAUGAAUUUCAGGAGCGUGAUUCUGGUUGGGCGUUGAAGAGGGUCAUGAACUUGGGUGUGAAUAUAAACAAGUUUACGCCGCAAUUGGGAUCCUCAUAUGUCGAAUUACCAUCUCAAAUUAUGAAAAAACAUGCUUGUGUUAAUGUUAAGAAUGAUGACCAGGCAUGUUUUGCAUGGGCAGUUAACUCUGCUUUACAUCCUGUAACUAAAGACCCUCAACGAUUGUAUAAAUACCCUCACUACUCGUCCAUCCUUAAGCUCAAAGGGAUCCAGUUCCCGAUGACUAUCAAGCAGAUCCCCAACUUUGAGCACCAGAAUGAGAUUUCAAUAAACGUUUACAUCCUACAAAAAGAGAAAAAGGUAUUUACCACAUUACCAACUUACCUCACUAAGAAUAAACAAGAUCGUCAUGUUAACCUUUUGCUAAUUCAAGAUCGUUAUGAUGAUGUUCCUACGACAUAUCAUUAUGUGUGGAUAAAAAGCCUAUCCAGACUACUAUCGAAACAGCUCAGCAAAGAAGAUGGUCGGAAGUUCUUUUGCGAUCGAUGCCUCCACUAUUGCCGUUCUGAGGAUAAGCUUAAUAAGCAUUUUGAGGACUGUCAAAAAUUAAAUGAUACUGCGAUAAAGAUGCCCGAGUUAGGAAAAAACAUUCUCAAAUUUAAAAAUUUUAAAAAUAAAGAAAUGGCCCCUUUCAUUGUGUAUGCCGAUCUAGAGAGCGUCCUAAGACCCACCGACGACUCCAAGAAAUCUCAGCAACACGUACCGGCUGCUGUCGGUUAUUAUUUAAAGUGUAGCUAUGAUGAUACAUUAUCAUUUUACAAGGCACAUCGGGGCGAGGACAGCAUGCAAUGGUUCGCAGAUGAAAUGGCUCAACUUGCGGAAGAUAUGGCUACUGUGUUUUGGAGUCCUCAUGAUAUUAAUAUGACUUGGUUGCAGAAAGUUGAGUACAGAAGAGCUACACACUGCCAUAUAUGUGAGCAACCGUUUACUACAGAUGAUAAGAAGGUUAGAGAUCACAAUCAUCUCCUCCCUAACAAUAAUUUUAGGGGUGCUGCACAUGAAGGGUGUAACGUUAAUUAUCAGGAUAGUCAUAUAGUCCCCGUUCUCUUCCAUAAUUUGAGUGGUUAUGAUGCCCAUUUUAUAGUGACAGACAUUGCUACGAAGAUGCAGGGGACCAUCGAUCUACUACCGAUCACUAAGGAAAAGUAUAUUUCCUUUACCAAACACGUUGAUAAAUAUCCUAUUCAGUUCCGGUUCAUCGAUAGUUUCCGCUUCAUGGCUUCUUCUCUAGAUAAGCUAGCAUCUUACUUACCUACGUAUCCAAAUUUAAAGUCACAGUAUUCCGAGUUACCCGCGGAACAAUUUAAAUUGCUUACGAAGAAGGGUGUAAUGCCAUAUGAUUACAUCGACUCUUUCAAGCGAUUUGAUGAGGCAUGUUUACCAUCGAUCGAAUCAUUCUACAACAAGUUGGAAGAUAAGCCCUGUCCCCGCCGUCUUUAUCAACGAGCACAUAACGUAUGGAGCAAAUUUAAUUGCCAAGACUUAGGAGAUUAUGUCGAUUUGUAUAUGAAGACUGAUAUUCUUUUACUAUCAGAUAUAUUCGAGGAGUUUCGUUCUAGCUGCCAUAAAACAUAUGGUCUUGACCCUGCCCACUAUUACACUCUCCCUGGAUUUACGUGGGACGCUAUGUUAAAGCAUACUAGGCAGGAGCUGGAGCUAUUAACUGAUGUUGACAUGUUUCUGUUUGUUGAGCGAGGAAUCCGAGGAGGUCUCAGUCAAGUCUGCUCGAAAAGACGAGCUCACGCCAACAAUAAGUAUCUUCCAAACUAUAACUCGACCAAGCCCUCCAAAUUUCUGAUGUACUAUGAUGUUAAUAACCAAUAUGGUUGGGCGAUGUCCCAAUAUCUACCAUACGGAGGUUUCGAAUGGGUAGAUACCAACAUCGACGUUCUGUCCAUUUGUGACGAUGCAGCAGAGGGGUACAUGCUGGAAGUCGACCUCGAGUACCCUCAACAUCUUCAUGAUCAACAUAAAGAUAUUCCAUUUUGUCCAGAGCAUAUAAAUCCCCAGACUGGUAAGCCCUCGAAAACUGUUAAGGAGCUUACCAAGUUGAUGGCUACCCUUCACCCAAAGACGAAGUAUGUCAUCCACUAUCGCGCUUUAAAGCAAGCUUUAUCUCACGGUCUGAUACUUACCAAGAUACAUCGAGCAUUGAGGUUCAAGCAGGCUCCUUGGUUAAAAUCCUACAUCGACCUUAACACUGAACUGCGCAAGAAGGCCGCGAAUGAGUUUGAAAAGAACCUAUUUAAACUAAUGAAUAAUGCUGUUUUUGGUAAAACGAUGGAAAAUGUCCGUAAAAGGGUUAACAUCCGGCUUCUAACCGAAUGGAGUGGGCGGUAUGGAGCAGAGGCGAUGAUAUCGAAACCUGAAUUUAAAAAUUGCACCAUCUUCAAUGAGAAUCUAGUAGCUGUUGAACUUCGGAAACUACAGAUCUGGCUCAACAAACCUAUCUACGUUGGCCAGUCUAUCCUAGAUCUUGCAAAGAUGACGAUUUACAACUUUCACUACAGCUACAUGGUAUCAACGUUCGAGGAUUGCUCUGUAUUAUACACUGACACUGAUUCCCUUAUCUACGAGCUUUAUCAAGAUCCUUAUAUUAUCAUGAAGCGGGACUGUCACCAAUACUUUGAUACCUCAGACUGCCCAGCUGAAAACAUAUAUGACAUCCCUCAAGUCAAUAAGAAGGUGCUCGGAAUGAUGAAGGAUGAAAAUAAUGGUAUUCCAAUGACGAAUUAUGUGGGUCUCCGAUCUAAACUCUACGCUACAAAAGUUAUGGUAACGGAUGAUAAUGUGAUUAAAAUGAGGAAGGAUCUUGAGGAGAAGGACUAUGAGGAGGAUGAAAUUGUAGAUAUUUUGAGAAAUAUUGGUGUGACAAAGAAGGCAAAAGGGGUUAAAUCUUCCGUUGUAAAGACGGUUAUUACAUUUGAUGAUUACAUCGAAUGCCUCGAUAGUUGUAAGUUAAUGACUGUUUCUCAAAAUCUGAUACGAUCGGACAAACAUAUAGUCCAUUCCAUUACACAGACGAAAGUGGCUCUUUCUCCCAAUGAUGACAAGCGGUACCUGGUUCAUGGAUCAGAUGAUACAUUGCCGUGGGGGCACUAUUCAAUCGUAAAUGGUGCUAAUAUGGAUGUUGAUUCUACCUAUUUAUCUUGAAUGCUUUAUCCUCAAUAAAAUAUUUAUGAAAAUGUAACAAAAAUAUUAAAUAAAUAAAAUUUCAACGUA